AUGGCUGCUUCUGUUGUGACAUUAUUCCAAUGGAGGCUCAACUCUAUGCUCCUGCAAGAGAAUGAAAUUCUUUUGGGUGUCAAGGAUCAAAUUGAGUCGCUCAUUAACAAACUUGAUGCGGUUGGAAGCUUUACGGGAGAUGUGGACAGGAUCUUGGGAAGAGAAAGUUAUCAUCUAACAUGGGCGAGUGAGUUGAGGGGAAUGCUCUGUGAAGCAGAGGAUUUUGUUGAUGAUUUCGUAAUUAAGGUGUAUGGGCAAACUGAGAAGGAUCGGGAAGACUCUAUUGCCGAGUUUGGAAAUGAACUUCAGAACAUCAACUCAAGAGUCUCAGAAAUCUUGAACAGAAGACCUAGACUUGAGGCCUCCCUGAUGUUAGAAGAGAUUCGUCGGUUUGUCAGAUCAAACUUUGUUUUUGAUGAAGAUAAGGAAACUGCUCUUGCCUCUUAUUCCAUUAUACCUCCAACAGCUCGUCUUGUAUCAAUUCAUGACGCAGAAAACACCAUCACAAACAUGAACAGUCUCCUACAUUCACUGUUUGUUUCUGCAAAGGAAGGCCUUUCAGAGGCCAGCUCAGAUUGUUUGGAAACUGUGUUGUACAAUGCAAAACGUGUGCGAUCCAAAAUAAAUGAGCUUCCUGAGAGCAUCAGCAAUCUUCGGAACCUACAAACCUUGGAUAUCUCCUGGUCUGGGAAUGAAUUUGAGCUGUCAAAUGGAGUUUUGAAUCUUGCACAACAGAGGCACCUGAAGAUGUUUCGGCCUAGGAAUGCUGGUGAGGUUAGAGUUCCACGAGGUAUCUCAAGACUCAGAAACCUGCAGACUCUAGAAGGUAUAUACGCGGGUGGUGGCAUUGCCAAGGAGUUAGGCAACAUGACACAACUCAGAUCACUCGAAGUGAGAAGUGUAUCAGAGGAUCAUGCAGGUGAGCUAUAUGCCUUCUCUUACUGUGGAGGGGGAGAGGGUCUCAUACAACUCCAGCAGCUCACUUCAGUAUGA